AUGAGCUGCUUCAAGAUCCCUGAUUCGUUAUGUGAUGAAAUGACUAGCAUAAUUAGAAGUUUUUGGUGGGGUCAAUGCAAGGAAGAAAAGAAAGUGGCAUGGAUUAGCUGGGAUAAACUUUGCACGCCGAAAGCUCAAGGUGGAAUGGGGUUCAAACAACUAAAGCUUUUCAACUUAGCUUUACUGGCUAAACAAGGUUGGAGGCUUCAAUCGGGUAAAGACUCCUUACUGUUUAGGGUGUUUAAAGCUCGGUAUUUUCCCAGUUGUGAAUUUGUUCAAGCUGAAAUGGGACAUAACCCGUCCUAUGUUUGGAGGAGCUUGAUGGCUGCACAAGGGGUGGUGAAGAAUGGCAUUCGUUGGCAAGUGGGUAAUGGCCAAAAAAUCCAGAUUUGGAAGGACAGGUGGCUGCCUAAUCCGUCACAGUAUAAGGUAAUCUCUCCACCUUCCCUGCUUCACCAUGAGGCUCGGGUAAAUGAGCUUAUUGAUGGAACUAAUGGGGAGUGGAAAUCAGAGCUUGUGGAAAGUGUCUUCCUCCCAUCCGAGGCAGAUACUAUUCGCGGAAUAGCGCUAAGCGCUGCCAUGCCUAAGGAUAGGCUGAUCUGGGGCCCGACUACAAAUGGUAGAUUCUCGGUUCGAAGUGCUUAUACUUUGGCCUUGGAAGCUGCCUUUGGGAAUGACAGAGCUUCGGCCUCUGAUGACAGUAAAAUGUGCAAGUUCUAG